GAUGAAGUUGACAAACGACAAAAGAGCCUUGAAGAAUGGCUUCCAAUCACUGCUUCAAGAAAUGCAAAAUGAUGGUAUUCUGCAUUUCACAAUCUGACUGCCAUGGUGGGCGCCGGUGUUCUGAGCCUUCCGUAUGCAAUGGCACAUAUGGGAUGGGGUCUUGGAAUCACGGUGAUGAUCUUGUUAUGGGUUAUCACGCUGUACAUGCUCUGGCAAAUGGUUGAGAUGCAUGAGAUGGUACCGGGAGGGAAGAGACUUGAUAGGUACCACGAACUAGGUCAAGAAGCAUUUGGGGAAAAGCUUGCCCUGUGGAUUGUGGUUCCCCAACAACUGCUGGUUGAAGUUGGAACAUGCAUCGUCUACAUGGUGACCGGAGGCAAGUCAAUAAAAAAGGUUCACGAAACCUUUUGCCCUGAAUGCAUGCAAAUCAAGACCAGUUAUUGGAUCAUGGUCUUUGCUUCUGUCAACUUCGUUCUUGCCCAGCUCCCCAACUUCAACUCUAUUUUUGCCAUCUCUCUCGGUGCAGCAGUGAUGUCUCUGACUUAUUCGUUCAUCGCUUGGGGUGCAUCCAUCAAGAAAGGGAUUACACCAGACGUGUCCUAUAACGUGAAGAUGAAAAGCACGAGUGAUGGUGUGCUCAAUUUCUUCUCUGCAUUGGGAGAUGUGGCAUUUGCAUAUGCAGGACACAAUGUGGUGCUAGAGAUUCAAGCAACAAUGCCUUCAACGGCAGAGAAGCCUUCCAAGGUACCAAUGUGGAAAGGGUGUAUUUGGGCAUACAAUGGAGUUGUAAUAUGUUACUUUCCUGUUGCCUUUGUUGGCUACUACAUGUUUGGAAACAUGGUGGAUGAUAACAUCCUCAUCACACUCGAACACCCUGCUUGGUUUUUUGUCAUAGCUAAUCUCUUUGUUGUCAUCCACGUCGUUGGAGGCUAUCAAGUGUUUGCAAUGCCAGUCUUUGAUAUGAUUGAAACUUAUUUGGUAACACGAUUGAACUUCUCACCUUUUUUCACCUUACGUGUCAUAAGUCGCACUCUAUUUGUUGGAAUCACAAUGUUAAUAGGAAUCCGCAUCCUAUUUUUUGGUUCUCUUCUUGGAUUUCUUGGUGGAUUUGCCUUUGCUCCCACCUUAUACUUUUUUCCAUGCAUCAUAUGGCUUAAGAUCAAGAAACCUAGAAAAUAUGGCUUGUCUUGGACAAUUAAUUGGAUUUGCAUUGUUAUUGGAGUAUUGAUAAUGACACUAUCACCUAUUGGUGCUUUGAGGAAUAUCAUUGUCUUAGCCAAGAACUACAAGUUUUUUUCAUGA